AUGAACAUUCAUGUAAAAUCAGUUUGUAUUGAUAAUGGCAUCAUAAUUUUUAAAAAACAAGAUCAGGCAUUUAAUUAUAUGAAUAGUGUCAGCUCUAUUGAAAAAUAUUUUAUAUUUUCAUAUGAAUUUGGCGAUAAAGGUCAACGUGCUUUUUUAGUAUCUCCAAGUAUUGAAAAACUCUUCAAAUGUAUAAUGAAUACACCAUUGAAUCUUCGUCAUUAUUAUGAAUUGAUUCCACAAUUUGAAAAUUGUAAUUUGUAUUUAGAUAUUGAUUUUAAGUUAUCACCCGAGAAAGCAGAAGAAAAUAAAAGAAACAAACAACUUUAUAAAAACAAUCUUAUCGAUAGAAUUAUAAUCGACGAAGUAAAACCCAUCCAAAGAAAACACAUCCACAGGUCUCUGAUGAAAUCGAUAGCAUUGAACCAUUAUUGCUCUUCUCCUAUCAAUACGAUAAAUAUUCUUUACAUUUACAUUGGCCAUUGA